CUUCCACCACAGCGUAGCACACUUGUUUUCUGUACCUUCCAGCCAGGUCUGCUACGGUAAAGCCUGCAGCUCUUGGAAAGAAUGGACUUGAACUUAGCCACUGUCUUCACUGUUCUUGCAAUUGUAGUCAUUCAGACAUCUGAGGCUACCAUGUUUCCGGUGUCCUUUAACUGUUGUACAGAAGUAUCACACUAUGUUCCCAGAAGUCUUCUACGGCAAGUACAGAUGUUUGAAAUCCAGAAAGAGGAUGGAGUAUGCCACUUACCAGCUGUUAUCCUUUAUGUGAGAUAUGAGUGGUUAUGUGCAAGCCCACGUAAUAAAAAUGUUAGAAGAUGGCUACAGAGGAAAAAAUCCAAGAUUCCUAGAAGAAAUGUUGAUACUGGGAGGAAGGAGAGAAACAAGAGCAAACACAAAAUUGUGAAAAACACUACUGGGCUGAAAUAAAACCUGUGAUGGAGGUAUCUGUAGAAUGCUACAUUGUAUCCACUGCAACCCAGAAAAAACACCAGAUUAAGAAUUCAUGUGCUGGAUGACUGCUCAACAUUUUGUAGUUACAAUCUAUAACUUCCUAGGCUAUAAAAAUAAUCUUUCAAAAGCCACAAAGCAAGCUGCAAUACAUGUCAACUGUACCUAUUCUUUCUCUCUUUUCAAUUGUACCUUGAAAUGAUCUUGUUUUUGGCGUAUCCUACUGGUAAAAUAAGGCUGGUAAAGGAAAUAGUUGAUGAAUUAUGUCUACUCUGCCUCAUCUGCUGUGACCUCUAUAAUUUCCAAUAGUCUGUAACUUCAAACUCUGUAACUGUCUCCCUUGACUUUCAGAGCUGUCCCUUUCCUCCUACUCUGAUCUCCAUUAUAACAACUCUUUAAGUCUUCCUUCUUCUCCUCCUCAUUCUUCUUUGGGUUUUACUACCAGUGUUCUCUUUCUUUUAACUUACCCUCUGUGCUUGAACAGAUACAGGGACCAUCUUUGUCCUACUGCCUUCCCAAUUCUCCCAACCUGCCUUCUCCUUCCCAGGUGUGUAGCUACUUCACAGUCUGUCUGGGGGAUCACCAGUCAUGGCUGCAGCUUGCCAAAAUGUCAACUUUGUUUUCUACUCCAACUCUUCUGUGCUUCUAGCAUUCCUUGCUGCUGACAAUCCUCCUUGUCCCUUAUGCUCAAAAUCUAGGGGCCCAAGAUUCUGGCAGCCUUGCUACCCACUUCUUGCCCUUUUUCUCUGAGUGCUGUCUUUGUGCCGUCUUUCAUGUUACCCCCUACUGUUUGGAGUAGUCUCCCAGACUCAUUUCUCCAGGUUCCUUCCCUUCUUCAGAAUGACUGACUUCCUCAACAAAACAUAGAAGCUCCAAUCCAUGGCAGUCAGUUGCAUUUUCCACUGUACCAAAGUGGAAACAGUGAUUAAGGGGAAGUAGGAGAUUGAAAAUUUAGAAAGUCUGAGGUAUCCUUAUGAAGAGAUAUGACAGAAUUAAUAGGUCAGGAAUGAUAAAGGUGCUUAUAACAAUCACUUGAUCUUACCCCAAAAGUCCAAGAAGUCCAGUAUUACUGUAACCCUCAUUUUCUUUCCACUGCUCUUCCAAUUAUUGUUUGUUAUUUUUACUUACUGCAUCAAGUCUAAAAUUAGAUUCUUUGCUCCCUGGAGCAACGCUGUCUCUCGUAUGUCCUUUGUAAAGCACACAGGGCACGUUAAAUGUUUUUGUAACUAAUAAUGUUCUGCAGACAUAUGAGAAGGGUGCAUGCAGUCACCAGAUAUCAGAAGCAGACAAUGGUUUCCCCAAAACAAAGAAAAAUGGCUGUCCUUGGUGAAUAGCUAGCUCCCUCAGCUGCUGAAAUGCACAAUGAUGAAAGAAAUAGCAAUCGGUAAGAAAAAGCCAAGGCCUGCAUCACAUCUGUGCAAAUGGAAUAGAAGCGUUGGUGGUUUCAAGUCUUCCUCCAGUCCUUACCGGAUACAGAGACUAAAGGAGGCCUUGGCACAGGUUGGAGCUGCGCCUGCUGGAUCUGUUUGUACAAACUGUUCUGCUAACCCAGGAUUUCUCCUGACUUCUAACACACCCAGAAUAAUUCCUGCUACACCACAGUGAGGGAGUCAGUGGCAUAAAUCUAGCUUUCUAGCAGCUGAGAAUUCUACCAGGCAGGAAACUGAAUUCUCUAGUUGGUCUAAUAAAAGAUAUCGCCUCUACCACACUGACUACCAGGCAGAAAAAAUCCUCAUCAGGCUGCCUAAGGCAGCUUAAGUCUCCUUUGUACCACUGGAAGACUCCAACCAGGGCUGAGCCUCUGGCAUGAGGCUUAUUUCUCAAGCUGAUUGUUUUGGCAGGGCUGUGGCUCAGCAAACUUUCAACUAGGAUACAAAGUCAAGAAUUGCUUCCACACAGAGGUAUAGGCUGUAGCUGUGUUGGUCUAAGGACGUAGGCAGACAAGGUUCUUUGGGUAAAUCUGAUAUAUUUUAU